UCACAUAAAAUUUGAUUGGAUUAAAUAUUAUUCUUUUUAGCAAACAAACUGCUGUGUUAGUAGUUGUUAUUGAAUGCAUAAAUACAUGUUUUCUAUCAGUCUUUCUAUUUUUAUAUAAAAAAAAAUAAUGUAGCUAAACUAUUCGAAGUUUGCUUAUAAUCAUUGAUCUUUCUUUUGUUUCUUUCUAUCUUUUUUUUAUUAUUUCAUGAUUGCUUACUUUUUUUCUUUACUUGUUGCUUAUAUUAUUGGUGGAGUUACACUUAUUCCAUUGACGUUUAUCUUAUUUUAUCAUUGUCAUUCAAUAUCAUCCGAAAAGACACCUUCAGAAUGGACUUCAGAUAGUCUGGAAAAGGAAUUUCAUAAGACUGACCCAGUUAAAGGAAAUCAACUUUACAAAACGGGCUUGCUACAUGUUACUUUGGGUCAACAAACGAUAGCUAAGACGGCAUCCAUUGGAGGUAUUGUAAAAUCCUGUUUAUUACUAACAACAAGUAAUAGCGGGAAACUUAACUCACCAAGGACAGUAGCAGCAACAGGCGAUGAACAAAGUUCAUCAAUUAAUAACGAUAAUUCUCUUAAUCAUUCUUUAUUACCUCAUCAUUAUUUUGCAGUUUUGAAAUUGAAUACACUUUAUUUAUACGAUUCUGAAUUACAAUCAGAAUGUAAAGGUAUUAUCCCAAUCCAUCAUUAUACAGUACAAAUGUACCCGUUGGGUCUUAAGGACUAUGAACUCUUUUCAAAGUCAACUAAAAUUCAACUAAAAAACAAAAAUAAAAAGAAUAUUGAAGAAGAAGAUUAUUUUAUAAAUUGUAGUCAGUGUAUUGCUAAAGAGGAUUGGUAUUUUGCAUUAUUAAGGGCCAGUCAAUUGGAUGUAUCUGUUUUACAAGAAAGCAGUAAAGAUUCAACACGUUUUGAUCAAAAUGCUAUGAAUCACUUGAUUUCAACUAUUUAUAGUUCUCCAAGUUAUUUUGAGAUGCAAUGGUUUAAUGCUUUAUUAGGUCGUCUCUUUCUAGGAAUCUAUAAGACCGAACAAACAAAAUCAUUCUUUUAUAAUAAAAUCUUGUCAAAAGUGAAAAAACUGAAUGCAAGGAGACCCCCGUUUUUAGAAGAAAUCAAUUUAAGGUCUGUUGAUAGUGGACAUGGCGUACCUCAGAUUAGUCAACCACGAUUGAUCUAUCUAAGUCCACAAGGUGAAUAUACAGGUGAUAUGUAUUUAUUUUAUGAUGGACAUUUUCGUGUUGAAUUAGAGACAGUUCUAAAAUGGAAAUAUUCAGAAAGGCUUCCACCUAUUCGAGUUGAUCUUGUUUUGGCCAUUACGUUGAAAUUGAUUGAAGGAAAGAUGAUGAUCAAAAUUAAAGAGCCACCUACCAAUCGUAUUUGGUUAGGGUUUUAUGAAAAGCCAAAAAUGGAAUGGCUUGUAGAGCCUGUUGUCUGGGAAAAAAGAAUAGGAUAUUCUGUAGUGAGUAAGGCUAUUCAAUCCAAAAUAGAAGAGAUUUUAAUAGAGACGAUCGUAUUACCGAAUAUGGAUGAUACCGUUUUCUUUCAAACAGCAGGUGUAGGUGGAAUAUUUGGUAAAGAAGAAGAAGAAGAAGAAGAAGGUAUAGAAACAAUAGUAGAGAAGUCGUCCUCAUUAUCUUCUCGUGGCGAUGAAAGUAUAACGAGUCCAUCUUAUCAAUCUUUACCCGAACUUUAUUCAACCCCAUCUGAAUUAAUUGUAACGGCUGAUUCUGUCUCUUUGCUUAGUAGUGAUCAUGUUACACCUGUAAAGAAGAAAUGGUUUAAAAGAAAAUCAUCAUUUACUGCAGCCUCUCCUCCAUCUUCUUCAUUAUCUGUGGCUACCACAUCAACAUCACAGAUGUUACCAGAAGAAGAAAAUGUAAAUACUGCAUCGUACCAAUCACUCAAGUCAGUUAUGACACAUACACAAAAAAAAUCAACCUCGAUGAGAGCAAGAAGUAAAACGCUUUCAACUCAUGUCGAUCAUUCACUUGUUAAUAGUAGUAUUAAUAGCAGUAAUAGUAGCAGCAGCAGUAGUAGUAGUAGUAGUAGUAGUAAUAAUAGUAGUAAUAGUAAUAGUAGUACAAUAACAGAUACAAAUAAGGUUUUCCCACGAAAGAUAUCAAAUCAAACAAGUAAUGAAGAUGAAGAAGAUAUGAAUAAUGUAGCGUUUCAUUCAGUUAGAUUAAGUAAAAAGAUGUUAUCAAUAUCAGUCGAGAAACAAUAUCAACCUACUUCUUCAAGACUAAGGUCAAAGUCUUUACCAAGCACAGGUUUAUCCGAGAUUAAUAUCAUACAACAACAAAAAUGACAUAUUUUAUUCUAUAUUUUCCAACGUGACAAAAAAAAAAAAAAAA